AUGUCCUACUGCUACUUGGUGCUCCAAACAGAUGCACGAGUUACAGAUCCCUCAGAAGUUGAUGCAUUGAUAGCUGUCAAGAAAAAAUUGAUUGAUCCUAUGAAGCAUCUCAGUGACUGGAACAAGGGUGAUCCUUGCACAUCCUACUGGACUGGCAUUUUUUGUUUUGACACAAAUGGGACUGAUGGAUAUUUACAUGUCCGAGAACUGCGGCUGCUGAAUAUGAAUCUUUCUGGACAUUUAACACCUGACCUUGGCAAACUUUCUCAACUUAAAAUAUUGGAUUUCAUGUGGAACGAAUUGAUUGGCAGCAUACCAAAGGAGAUAGGAAACAUCUCAUCUUUAGAACUCAUGCUCUUGAGUGGCAAUAAAUUAUCGAGUUCUUUACCGGACGAGCUUGGCUAUUUAUCAAAACUAUUUGUACUGCAAGUCGACCAGAACUAUAUCUCAGGUCCAAUACCAGCAUCAUUUGCCAACUUGAGCAGCGUGGAACAUUUCCAUAUGAACAACAACUCAAUUAGUGGUCAAAUUUCACCUGAGCUUUCCAAAUUACACAAUCUUCAUCACAUGCUUUUGGAUAAUAAUAAUUUAUCUGGGUAUCUUCCUCCAGAAUUCUCACAAUUGUCGGAGUUGCGGAUACUUCAACUUGACAACAACAAGUUUAAUGGCUCUGGAAUUCCAGCUACCUAUGGAAACCUUUCCAAAUUAGUAAAAUUGGAUAUAAGCAGGAAUGAGCUUACUGGACCCAUACCACCAACACUUUCUGAUAAUAUGAGCACUAUUGAUCUGUCAGAUAACCAUCUUGAUGGAUCUAUACCUCGAAGUUUUUCAAAUCUUCCUUUUUUGCAGAAACUGUCACUUGAAAAUAAUUUGUUGAGCGGCUUUGUGUCAGCUAACAUGUGGCAGAACAUGUCCCCCACUAAAAGUGCUGGCCUUACACUUGAUUUCAGGGACAAUUCACUUUCAAGCAUUUUAGGAGAACUGAAUCUGCCGGAUAAUGUCACCCUGAGGCUUGGAGGCAAUCCUAUCUGCCAUAAUACAAACAUACCAAACAUUAUCCGGUUUUGUGAACCUGAAGCUGGAGGAGAUGAGAUUGCUGAAAGGCAAAAAAAUUCAAGAGUGACAUGUUAUGUUCAAUCAUGUCCAACAGAUGGCUUCUUUGAAUAUGUCCCAGCAUCUCCUGUGCCAUGCUUUUGUGCAUCCCCUCUCGGGAUUGGAUACCGUCUUAAGAGCCCUAGCUUUUCUUAUUUUACUCCAUAUAUUAAUCAAUUCAAGAAAUACGUAACUCAUUCUCUUAACAUGAGCCUGUAUCAGUUGUCAAUCGAUUCCUUUCUUUGGGAAGAAGGUCCUCGUCUAAGGAUGUAUUUGAAGCUCUUUCCUCCAUCUAAUGUUGCACACUCAGCAAUAUUUAAUGAGACUCAGGUUCAACAAAUUAGAGAUAUAUUUUCAACAUGGCGAUUUCCUCCAGAUGACUUCUUCGGAUCAUAUGAGCUUCUGAACUUCACCCUACUUGGACCUUAUGCACAGUGGAAUGUUGAGAUCCAUAAGGCAGGCAUCAGUAAGGGUGUUUGGGCGGCCAUAAUACUAGGUGCUAUUGCAAUAUUUUCAGUAGUCACAGUUUUGUUUGCUGUAAUUAGCCAUUCCAGAUACCGUCAGAGUCUUCCAAGAAAAGAUUUAUCCUUAACGGGGCAGAUGAAAAUUGAUGGUGUGCAGCGCUUCACUUACAAAGAAAUGGUCUUGGCUACCAACAACUUUAACAGCUCCACACAAGUUGGUCAAGGAGGUUACGGAAAGGUUUAUAGAGGUAUUUUACCUGACAAAACUGUGGUAGCUAUAAAGCGAGCUGAAGAAGGAUCUUUACAAGGCGAAAAAGAAUUUUUGAUGGAGAUCAAUUUGUUGUCGAGGUUACAUCAUCGAAAUCUAGUUUUGUUAAUUGGAUAUUGUGUUGAAGAAGGAGAGCAGAUGCUAGUACACGAGUUCGUGCCGAAUGGUACCUUACGGGACUGGCUUUCUGCCAAGGAAACUCUCAACUUUGGAACAAGGUUAAGCAUUGCUUUGGGUUCAGCAAAGGGCAUCCUUUACCUCCAUACUGAAGCAGAUCCUCCAGUACUCCACCGAGAUAUCAAGGCCAGCAAUAUUCUUUUGGACUCUAAGCUUGCUGCUAAAGUUGCUGACUUUGGACUCUCCCUUCUUGCCCCUGUCAUGGAUGAUGAAGGAUAUCUACCUAAUCAUGUAUCUUCAGUAGUGAAGGGAACUCCGGUAAAUACUGCUUGUGAGUCGGGUAUGAUGGUCUCUAUCAUAGACAGCAGAAUAGGUUCCUAUCCAUCCGAAUGCAUCGAGAGAUUUGUAGCCUUGGCACUGAGGUGUUGCCAUACCGAGCAAGAGAAACGGCCAUCAAUACUGCAAGUGGUCAGGGAACUAGAAAACAUUAUCAGAAUCUUGCCAGAAGCAGAUACUACUAAUAUAGAAUCUGCUUCCGCGUAUUCCAGGAAGACCACACCUGCAUUUUCCGGCAUGUCAGCAUCUUCAUCUUCAUUCUACACAAGCAGGGAUGUAUCCAAGUCAUCCAGUCUCUUGGGAAGUGAUCUUAGCAGUGGUGUCAUUCCCGUCAUACCGCCUCGUUGA